CUCAAAACUAGGCCAACCAGUGGCAGCCACAUAGAGGUUGAAGAGGGCAGCAACUUCUUCUGUGAGAGUGCUUUUCUGAGGCCUUUGUCUGCUGCUUUCAAAUGGCUUUGGUUUGUGCAGUGAAGCUCCUUCUCUUUUUAUGGCUCUUCAACUUUCUCCCUUCCUCUCAAGGUUCUUUUGCUUCCGCUCACUUCUUCUACCUUCUCUCUCUCUCUCUCUCUCUCUCUAAAUGGUCAUUCAAAAAGAUUGGGUGUGUGUGCAUGCUUAAUUUUUGGUCUAAAUGCAACCCAAAACCAGCCUUACCUGAAAAUUGGGAAAACAGGCUUCCUUUGUUUGAUGUUGAAGCUAUAUAUUGUGGCAUGUGCAGGUUUAUAGAGAGAGUGGGAUGGGAUGCCAAGCUAGUAAAUGAGUCCUACCCAUGGAUUGAGAAGCAAAUUGUUCACCAGCCUAAGCUUGAGCCAUGGCAGGUGGCUCUAAGGGACAGUCUUUUGGAUGUUGGAAUUUCACCUUUUAAUGGCUUCACUUAUGAUCACCUCUAUGGAACCAAGGUUGGUGGAACCAUUUUCGACAGAUUCGGUCGUCGUCACACUGCUGCUGAACUGCUGUCAUCUGGGAACCCUCGGAAGCUUACUGUCUUGGUCUAUGCCACUGUUCAAAGAAUUGUUUUUGACACAUCAGUGACGAGACCAAAGGCAGUGGGAGUGAUCUUUAAAGAUGAAAAUGGGAACCAACAUGAAGCAGUUCUUGCUGAUAAGCCACAGAGUGAAGUAAUAUUGUCCAGUGGAGCAAUUGGAAGCCCUCAAAUGCUGUUGCUAAGUGGAAUUGGACCCAAAGCUGACCUUGAAAAGUUGAAGAUUCCAGUGGUGCUUGAUAAUAAGUUUGUUGGGAAAGGCAUGGCUGAUAAUCCAAUGAAUGCAAUCUUUGUCCCUAGUAACAAAGCAGAAAAGCAGACACUAAUUCAAACUGUAGGGAUAACCAAGAUGGGUGUGUACAUUGAAGCUAGCAGUGGAUUUAGUCAGUCCAAGGAUAGUAUUCAAUGCCACCAUGGAAUCAUGUCAGCUGAGAUUGGGCAGCUAUCUACUAUUCCACCAAAGCAAAGAACCCCAGAAGCAGUUCAAGCAUACAUUAGGCGCAAGAGAAACUUGCCCCAUGAGGCAUUCAAAGGAGGCUUCAUUCUAGAAAAAAUUGCCAACCCAAUUUCUAAAGGUGACCUUAGCUUGGUCAACACUAAUGUUGAUGAUAACCCCUCUGUCACCUUCAAUUACUUCAGCCACCCGUACGAUCUUCAACGCUGUGUUGAUGGAAUCCGUGUAGCCACGAAGGUUGUGCAAUCGGAGCAUUUCACAAACUACACAAGAUGUAACAAGCAAACUGUGGAGAAGGUGCUUAACAUGAGUGUCGAGGCUAAUGUUAAUCUCAUCCCUAAGCAUACCAAUGACACAAAGUCCUUGGAGCAGUUCUGCAAAGACACUGUGAUCACUAUUUGGCACUACCAUGGAGGUGCUCAUGUGGGCACUGUGGUUAGCCGUAAGCACAAAGUUCUUGGUGUAGACAGGGUCCGGAUUGUCGAUAGCUCGACAUUUUCUGAAUCCCCAGGGACUAAUCCUCAAGCCACUGUCAUGAUGAUGGGCAGGUACUUUGGAGCGAAGAUCUUGAGACACAGAUUGGGAAGAGCAGCUGGUAUAUAAUUUAAGGAAAUAAGACCUUGUAGUCAGCAGGAUGAGAGUUACUGAGGGUUGGUUGAAACAGUGUGUGAUGUAGUUUUGGUUGUUUGAUUCUUAGCAAGCUCUAAUGUGUAAAAAAUUGGCUUGCCGUGUGAAAAUACAUUUUAAUCUAUUAUUCAAUAUUAUCUCGUAGUCUAUAAUCUUAA